AGCGAUUCGGGUCGGUUGGGUGUUCGCUUAUUUCGUCUCGGUUUAGCAAACGUUAUCCGUUUCUCGAUUUUUGUUCACGGUUCGUGCGUUUGCGUUAUUAUUGCCGCCGUCUUGUGAUUGUGCAAAAGUGUGACCCCUUGUGAACAGUGAUCUGCGGUUUAUGAUCAAACAAAUUUAUCCCGUUCGUGUUAAUCCUCGUAUUGAACCAAGUCAGCGAACACAGUGAUAGGCCUCUGUUUCACCUUUGCAAAAUAUGUCGUGAAUUCCGAGGAAAAAAGCAUACCGAUGCGCACGGAUCCGGUGUAUCGAUCCGUUCGACUGUGAACUGCUGCUGCUUCCAAACGUCGAUCAAUUGCUCACUAAUUAUGAGCGCCAAUGUGUGAUCGAAUAGAAGAAAACAAACAAGAAAAAAAGUUAUACCGGAGUGCGGAAAGAGCCGCAAAUGAAGAAACUGCUGGCCCCAAUCACAUCCGAUUAUUUUGGCAAAUACGUCUAUAAUUCCCCAAGUCAGUCGACUACCCAACCUAACGCGCCAUCAUCCAGUGGAAGUGAGAGGUGAAUCAAAAAGUUUAUCCAUACAUAUGAACCGGAUGUUCGAAGAUCCACAAAUUAAUCCAGUGAUCACCGAUCGCCGAGAGCAGUCAAUUUCUCGGAUUCAACUAUUGAGGAAGCAAAACGCCUUAACGUCAUCGUGGUUCAUCAGCAGACGGGGAGAGUAUAAUCGAAAUUGGAGUUCGAUCACCUGCUCUGGGAGUGCAUGAAGCUGUCGCGUCGCGGUCGAUCAUUGAAGCCGCGCUUUUCGGUCGCUGAAUUAUACGCCACGCGCGACCGUUAUUAGACCGGCAUAACUGUGUGCCCCAGUGCGAUAUUGCAAAGCCCGGUUCGGGUGUGGUGCACCUGUAUCUUGUCUCGUGAAUCUGCCAACCGGAUCGGUUGCGCUUUCCAAAAAUCCAAAUCGGUAGCAAUAAUCGUUUUGAUUCAGUGUUGUGCGGGUAAACCUAACCCGAUGGUGGUGAAACCGGAAAUUGCCUGAAGAUCGUGGCAUCCGACUCGGAACGCCCGAGUUGCUGGUGCUAGUAUUUGUAGCUAAGUGUUUGUGUGUUUUUCUAAUACUCGGAAAUUAUGUCGAUCAACUAUCGACUUGCUUGAAGAUGCCCCGUAUAACAUAACAUUUGGGUAUUCGGUACCGGGUGCAAAGAAAAAGAUCUUCAGGGCAAAUCUCGUAGCUCACCCGUUGAUUGUUCCAAGAGUUUAUCCAACGGAUAAGUAUGUUUCGCUUGGCAUCAGGAAGGGAUAACAGUUUAGUUGCUGUACAUCGACAGAAAGUAAAAUAUUGGGCUGUGGGUUCGAGAAAGUGCACCAUACGCGAGUGAGACAGCUGCCGGGUUUUUUUAGUAAGUAAGUGCGCAAAGUGUACGGCGAUUGGUUACUAUCAAAGUUAGCGCGAAACGGCACCAUGAUGGAGACUCGUGGUGCGGUCCCGGGUGCCACUAGUGGGGCGGCUCACGGAGCACUAUUUCGAGAGAUCCACAAAAACACCUGGUUGAGAAAGUUGAACGGCGACGGGAAGCGACCCUCGGUUCUAGCGAAGAAACCGGACCGAUACUGGGUAGUGUUUUGUGUCCACGACGAUUCCGAAGCCUUUCUGGAGGGCUACCUUGAUCCGCGGCAGGCACCUUCGCACAGCCCGGAAUGGUCCCUUUCGCUCCAAACGGUGCAGCACAUUUCGCACGCCCUGGUGCCCGUCGAGCAGGAGUUCGAGUUCGUGAUAACGCUCAACAACGACGUUGCGCGGUUCAAUGCCAAUACCUGGGAAUGCAUGCAGGAGUGGGUGGAUUCGUUGCGAUCCAAACUGCGGGAGAUGAAACUGCUUUCACCCAAAGAAAAUCUCUAUUCUAAACUGCCAGAAGCAAGACCUCCGUUGGCUCCUACGAGGGAUCCUACUUCUCCGUUGCCAGCCACCCCACCAGUUCCUGCUGCCCUGGUUCCAGGCGUAGAGCGAGUUCAACCGCAUUCGUUGGCCAGCCACAGCACCCCAGCAAAUCCUCCAGGAGCUAGCAACAGCACGCUUCAACCAACUGUCCCGUUUCCUUCAACUAGCAGUGGUGGCAGCCCACCUUCUUCGACCGUUACAGGUGCAGCAGCAGUCCCCAUCAUUCAUCCUCCACCGCCCCCAACAACGGCCAUGUCCAACACAUCGACCCAGAAUCUCAUGAACUUGCUCACGAAUCCGUUGCAAGCUGUAAGCAGCAUAAACAAUCAGCACAUCAGCAGCAGUCAGCACCUAUUCGAUGCCAUAUCGUUAGCAUCCGAUCUAUCCGAGGGCAGCCUGGAAGAGUACUCGAAUGAUCUUAUCAAACGCUUCAUAUCGAGCACGAACGGUGGCAGCAAUGGCAGUCCGCUAACUUCACCUUCAGCCACGGCCAGCAACAAUGCGAAUGGUGGCAGCGGGCCAAGUUCCUUUUUUUCAACUCCCAUAACGGCGACGGCCAGUGGCAGUGGCACAAAUCUUCCGAAACCACAUCAGAAGCCACCGAAGGAGAACGGCUUUCACCAACUGCAACAAAGUAGCAGCAGCGGAUUAGCAUCAGCCAUCGCGGCAGGAACACCGGGAUCAUCCCUGGCCAGCACAUUCGCUCACAAUGUGCUGGCCGAUCCGAGUAGCACGUCCCUCAAGCGCCCGAGUGGACAAGUAGACAAAAAGGUGGUGGUUUCGGUCGACGGGAAAGCCGCGGAUGAUUCGUUUGCCAAUAGCGGAACCGACGACGACGACGAAGAUGCACACAAACUUUAUAAGGCGUACAAGACAUACCUACAUAGAAGAACGACGACGAUGAUUUAA